UUGAGCUAAGUUAUUCGUUUAUUUUCUUCCUUUAUCUUAAAUACAUAGCCCAACCUAACCAUAUAAAUAGCAAUAGAUAGGUUCCACCCAUUCCUAAUUUAACAGUACAAUGUUACUGUAGAUUAUUAGAAUUGGUGGAUUCAUAGGAAAACUGAUUGUUUAUACCUAAAAAAAGAAAACAACCUAUCGAAUCAAUGCCGAAGAAAAAAGGAGACUGGAAAUGUUCAAAUUCAGAUUUUACGUUAAAAGACUCCGCAGACGCGCCAAAACCUAUCAGACGUCUAAAAAAGCUCAAAUAACGGAUAGCGGUGAAGUAUCAUGGGAGGACAUGGCAGACUAUGACCUGGUCGAAGAGAUAGACGCAGAAGGCUACAAAAGGUACAUAUACAAGAAAAAGAGCAAUGCAAAACUAGAAGCUGACAUUGACAAGCGGCCAGGUAUAAUUUACCCUGAAAUAAUAUUUUAUCUCAUAUCUGCAUAUAUUAAACCGGAGCAAAUAGGCACCUUUGCUGCUAUAAACAAAGCUUCAUAUGCCUGUACGCAACGGGAAUCAUUCUGGCGUAAUCUUUACAAGCGUUACUGCCAGGGCCACCCACGGUUACCGCCAAGAUUGAGGAUUGAGAAUAGCUUUAAAGUUUACGGUUUGAAGCAGAGAGUCAUUCGGGCUUUGCACCAUACAUACAGUGUGUUUGUGCAUAAGAUCGAGCUUGAUGCGAUACAGGAUAGUCGGCCGCACCGUUUGGUGAAACGCCGCUGUAUAAAUGUGUGGUACAAUAAAGGACCAAUAUACUGGCUGGUGUACUUCAAGUUUAAGAAGGUGCCGCUGGAACGGCCUCAGAGCGAGAACGGGAACAUGCUGGAUGAGCUGGGCAGGAUUGACGCUAACCCAGAUGAGGAUUGUCAAGUGUUGCAGGUGACCUGCACAAGUUUCCACGAAGUCCCACCACUCCUCGGCAUGACACUGAGCUCAGUCUCCGUAGUACUGUCUCCAGGGUUCCGCCACCACCGUCUCAGCCUCGGCUUCAGCACCAGCGCUCACAACAUCUCCCGGAACCUCGUACCAGAGCAAUCCGUUGUCAUAGACACCGUUGUGACUAUCUUCGUGUUCGACUGGUGGCACCCGAAGUACCCACAUUUUGAUAAUACUUUGCCUCCAAGGGUGAAAGAUGAGGAGAGCAUGCCGGUGUUGAAGAAGGAGUUCUUUAAUAUGAGUUUAGCGGAUUGAUUGAGGUCCGUUGGUGAUAUGUGCCGUAAGUUUCUUGUUUUGUUCGCUCCUUUUAGCGCUAAAACGCGCGCAGCUACAGCCCAAUCUUAAACUGUCUCUGGUUUUGAUCUACGAGAUUUUGCUUUAGGGAAUUAAAAAAAAAGGUUUGUAAAGUGAGACCAAUCUAAGUUGGCAGCAAUUUUUAGCGUUAGUGAACUUCGUGAUUGUAUAGAACGUUGGUGUAUAAAAUAACCACGUGGUCUAUAAAAAUUACUGCAAUCUAAGCUUGGUUUGACUAUAACACACUUACCAGGUCAAUCCUUUAUGAGUUUUUUUGGGUCA